AUGUCCAUCCUAUGCACGAUCAGCGGGCAGACGCCCGACGAGCCCGUGGUGAGCAAAACGGGCUACAUCUUCGAAAAGCGCCUAAUCGAGAAGCACAUUCUAAAUUACGGCAUAUGUCCAGUGAGCGGAGAGGUGUUGACGCUGCAGGAUCUGUACCCACUGAAAAAUGAGAAAGUGGUGAAACCGAGGCCCAUCACAGCUAGUAGCAUUCCAGGAUUGUUGUCCAUCCUGCAGACCGAGUGGGACUCUCUCAUAUCAGAGAUGUUCACACUGAGGACACAUGUGAAUGAUAUCCGAAAUCAACUGACUCAUAGUCUCUACCAGUACGAUGCGGCAACGAGAGUAAUCGCCAAAUUGCUGAAGGAGAAGAACGACUACACAGAAGAGAUUAAAAAAUUGAGGAGUCAAAUUUUAAGCAUCAGGAGUGGAAACGAUGUAAACGAAUUCGAAGUAGGACUAAGUGAGGAGCUGCUAAAGGAAAUGCAGGAUCUUGCAAAGAAUCUUCUGAUGACAAGGAAGAAGAGAAACAUAGAACAUGUUACCACCACGGAGAAGUGGAAAGAGGUGACCAAUACGAACGAAUUCGACGUCCACUCGGCUGCACUACCGGGAGUGACGUGUCUUUGUUUGGAUAUUAACAAAAUGAAGUACAACUAUUAUGAUGAUCAUACGAAUCACAGUUUUUUCUCCGGAGGGAUGGACGGCAAUGUGUAUUACGUCUCUCUUGAGGAGAAUAAAGUUCUGGCCAAAUUACAGGGUCAUUUAAAAAAGGUAACUGCCAUUGUGGCUCACCCAACCUACCCCGUAUGCAUAUCAGGGGCGAAUGAUAAAACGAUCCGACUAUGGAAAGGAGAUGUGGACACCAACGAAUUUACCACGUCAAAUGUUAUCACCAAACAUAAAGAUCAGAUAACCUCCUUGGCAUUGCACCCGAUGGAGAGUUACUUUGUCAGCUCCUCUAAGGACAACGUAUGGAUCCUCCACGACAUGGAAACGUCAAGGAGCAUAAAAAUCUGUAACAACAAUCCUAGUCCAUUUAGACACCUAGCCAUUCAUCCAGAUGGAAUUAUGAUCGGUAUCGGCUCCGAAGAUUCGAAUAUACACAUCUAUGACAUUAAAAGUCAGGAGUACAAGGCAUCCCUGAGUGGUCACACGAGUGAGGUGCAUCACAUCUCGUUCAGUGAGAAUGGGUACUACUUGGCUUCCUGCUCAAAAGAUAAGACGGCUAAAUUGUGGGAUCUCAGAAAAGCACAGUGUUUUCAAAGCAUAGAGGUGGAGGAGCUUCCCCGAAGUAUACAGUUCGAUUUCUCCGGGAAGUACCUCUCUCUAGCUGCUGGGAAUGAUAUACACAUUUAUAAUUUCGAGACCAAGACGCAGGCCAGCCUCGUGAAGACCCUCUCAUCCCACACAGACACCGUUACGCAGACGUGCUUUGGCAGCAGGACGGCCUACCUGCUCUCCAGCUCGAUGGACAAAACAGUCAAAGUGUGGAGUUAG